AGUCGGUUCUCAUCUGUUAUUGUGCUGUAUCGGUAAGAUGAAAUUCUUUCUAGCACUUGUUGGGACCUUGUGCCUCGGAGUCGCAGCCCAGGCUCAAAGCACAGUAUCGCUAAAUGUGGCCGGCAACGUUACGAUUGGGCUGACGGCCAUCAACAACACAAUCAAUGUGCUCAACAACACAUGUUUGGCUGCGGAUAAGGGAAUGUUAGUUGCAUGGAAGUACUGGGGCAAUACCAUGAUCGCCAACCUUACCAGUCUGAUGAAUCGGUUCAAGAAUUAUUCUACAGUCGAUUUAACUCCAAUUAAUAGUUCCAUAAGCAACAUACAAAACAUGUUGAACACCUCUCAGAUAAAUCUACUAUCGACCGAUUAUAAUGUUCAAAAUCUGCUGUCGACCUUUUACCAAGUGGCCGCACAAACCGGUGAUUUGCUGAUCGAUACUGCCGCGAAUCUAACGAGUCAGGCCAACUGUACUAACGACGUGUCGCUUACCUGUUUGCGGAAGUACGGUGCCAAUCUGACAGCUGCACCGAUCCUGAUGAGUCGUUUCAACGAUUGUCUUGCGGUAGAAAAUGUCAGGCUUGCCCAAAUCGGCGUGAAUGCAAGCACUCAAAUCAACAAUACUGUCACAACUGCCCAGACCUUCUUCAAUCUGAUUUCGAUCUGCAAUGUUCCAACGGCAGCAGCUUUAAAUGCAUCCUAUCCUCAGCUCGUGCCUUCGAUCCAGUGUCUCAAUACGUACCUAUCCCAAAUCGGCUAUUCAAACCCGGUUUCAUACAUCAACUACGGCUACGAAAUGAUGCGCUCCCAGCAAACCCAAGUUGUGUACUUCAGGGCGAAUCGAUGCGCCCAACUCGUCCAGUACGACAUCCAGGAUGCUGUCACUCGUGUGAAAGCUGCAUUUGGCAAAUGCUUGACAACCGGAUCGUAGAAGCUCUUGUACUUGUAGUAGUAGAGCCCACGUAGAACACAGUGACCUCAUUCAAAUUUAGAUCGAAUAAAUUAGCAGACAUUACUAUAAGUAGAAA